AUGGCAUGCUACUUCGAGAUUGAGAAGAUGCUGAAAACACGCAAGCGCAGCAGCAGCACAUCAUCCAACGAGACCGUCCGCCGAGGUCGAAGAUCAGAAGUCCGCUCGAGGUCACCAGAAAUCGCCGGCAACAGCUCCGAAAGCAGGUUUUCUUGGUUACCCAAGAGCUUGGAGUCGUUUCUUUACGGCACAUCUGCGAGCGAAGCCAUGGCGGAGCCAGACGUCCGAGGCAACGGCGGCCACCUUGUUCAAGGACAGGCAGAUGAACAGACCACCUUUAUUCGCGGAUCAGAGAAGCAUUGCUGGAGGCAUGGUGCUGCAGUCAAGGCAAUCGCCUUUUGCCCCUGGCAAGAGACUCUCAUCGCUACGGGGGGCGGAUCGAGCGACAAGUGCAUUCACUUUUGGCACACGGGAACAGGCACCGCCUUGGCUACCAUUGCCGUAUCGGCACAGGUGACAUCGUUGAUCUGGUCCACGACACGACCCGAGAUCGUGGCUACGUUUGGUUGGCCAUCGUGCGAACAAAUUGGCGCUGUUGCGUUGGACAAUGGCGCUCGUGUCCUAUAUGCCAUUCCGUACCCUGGAGCACCAGCUGAUGCAAAAAAGGGAAGUCGGAGCGUGAAGGAAGGGAGCAUCGUCAUGGCUACAAGUGAUGAGAACGUCAAGUUCCACGAUGUUUGGCAAGACAGAAAGAACGCCCCGAUGGGUGGUGUUGGGGUGUUGAGUGGCAGCGAUAUACUCGAAGGACUGGACGGUAUUUUCAAGGAGGGGGCCGUCAUUCGUUAA